GCGUCGCCGGCCGCGCGCCAGUCCGCCGCCGACCCCCGCCGCGAGUGCACGCGCGCUGCUCCGCGUCCCCACCACGCGCACUACUGACGCGAUCGCGAACGCAUCCCUUUUUGUUUAUUUUUCGCGCGCGUCCUUCGGGCCGCUCUGUAUUUCUGAGCCGCGAGACGAAGAAAAAAAGGAGGCGGAUGGAUCAAGCGACCGGAGAAGAUCGGUGCAGGCCGCACGGGUAGCCCACAGCCGCCCCCGAACCCGCCACGCGCCACAACGGAAACUAAACCAACCAAAAGCCACAAAAGCCUCAAACCAAAGCCUCCAGUCAUAUCUUUCGUUUCAAAAAUUUAAUAUAAGCACUAUUUUUUAAAACCUUUUUAACGAUUAACUUUACGCAAAUAGUAUACGCUAACUCCCAAACAGUACAAAUUAAUUUAAGUCUGAAUCGAUCGGUAUUUACAAUAAAAAGAAGCCUUGAAGAAAAGAAAAUUAAAAAGAAAAAGUAUCUAUCAACGACCAGUAUUUUAACGUUCCAAAAUAACAAAUCGUUUAACGAGUGCACAAAAUAUUUUAUUAAUAGUUAACGAUUUAAAAAAUAAAACGAACCAAUCCUCGAGCAUUUUUCUAAAAUAAUAAAAAGUCAGCCAAAGAUUUUUAUAAACACUAGCAUUUAAGAACUAAGUUAAUCGCCUGUUGUUAAGUACUUUUUACAUUAUUUAUUUCAUAGUGAGAAAUCGAAGAUAUUGUGAUUAGUGUAGUGUCAACCGGUGUGCCGUAUAAUCGUAACGUAAGUGCUAUUCUAGUGUAACGUAACAAACAAACAAACAAACAAACAAACAAACAAAACGGACAAACGAAUCCAGUUCAAAGAGUACAAAUCAAGUUCCAGUUCAGUUCCGAGUGUUCAGUACAACGUAAAUAGACUUAGUAGACAACGUAGAGCUUAUAUUGUUAAGAGUAGAGCGCGACAGUCGCGAUGCGGCGGCGCGGCGUGACGUCAUGAGUGAAGCGCUGCGCAGCGAGGCGGGCGACAACCCGCACUUGCCUCCCUUCUCCACGUUCGUGGACAUGGAGAACGAGCGCAUCCUGACGGCCGACGGCCGCCUGCUGGACCCCGCCUGGGAGUACUACGAGCGCACCGGCGACACCGUCUCCGUCAUCGCCAGCCAGCCGCAGUACCGGCCCUGGGAGUCCAUGCCCAUCACCGUCAACUCCAAGGACGCCAUCCUGCGCGCCGGCUUCUCCUCGCCGCUCGAGUACCAGUCCAUCACGCUGCAGCCGAUCGCGAACAAGCUACCGUCCUUCCAGAGCCAGUUCCAAACGUUCCCGGAGACCACCGUCAUCCCGGAGACGGGGCUGCCGAGCGUGACGCCGGUGCCCGUCACCAGCAGCCCCACCCCCAGCGCGAGCCCUAGUCAGUUAACCCAGCUCACGCAGCUGACGCCGUCGUCUCCGGCCCAUUUGACCACGUUAGCCCAGGUGACGCCCCUGUCGACGACCCUGACCACUCUGUCGCCGGUGAACGCGACGACGUUCCACACCCUGACCGCGGUGAACGCGCGGAGUUACCCCAUAGUUCCGGCGCCGCUGCAGGCGAGGGAGCUGGCGCCGGCCGGCCAGGCUUACAUCGACGACCGGCACAUACAGCUGUACCAGCCGAACAUCGCGACGAUAAACGCGUUCCCCGCACAAAACGGCAUCCUGCAUCAAAACGGGACGCUCCUCCACCAAAAUGGAAGCUUAAUACAGAAUAUCCAAAGUCCGACAGUCGUCCACGUGUUAAAAAACGAGCCUUUCGAUGUAAAAUCCUUGCAAGACAAGUACACGCCGAAUGGAUUGCACCACCCUAAUUUCCAGAAUCCAAUGUUAAUCGAUAAUGGGUACGAUAAAAAGACCAACGGGUUCGGUAGCGCAUCCUCACCGACGCGGUCAGAUUUCCGGAAAAAGGAGCGACGGAAAAUGCGAGCGAAUAGUUCGGAAUCGGACGGGUCUAACAUGGAAGUAGGGUCGGAGAGCAGCGGCCAGGUGGCGGCCGUGUCGUCCACCGCCGGGUUCAAGUCUCCGAUGCACGGCGCGCUGCCCAUGGCCACGGGGCCGAUGGAACUGGACGACAUCUCCAGUGAAAAACAGUUCUUCCCUUCACAGACAAAGAAGAAGAGGAAACGAUGCGGCGAAUGCAUUGGCUGCCAGAGGAAAGACAACUGCGGCGACUGCGCGCCGUGUCGCAACGACAAAUCUCACCAGAUAUGUAAGCAAAGAAGGUGCGAGAAGUUGACGGAGAAGAAGCUUGUAUUGGCGCCGGAUGGCACGCUGCAGACGGUGAAGAGCGAGUCGCGGCGCGGACGCGGCAGAGGGCGCUCAUCGACCACUUCCGUCUUACAAGACAUCAAGAGUUACCGUGGCCGCAAGCCCCUGGGCGGCUCCGUGUCCGCCGCCGUGGGCCUGAGCCCCGGCCUGCCCGCCGCCGCCUCCCCCGGCCCCGCCGCCCCCGCCGCGCCCAGCCCCGCGCCCUCCGCCGCGCCCGCCAUGAAGCAGGACCACCCCAGCCAGCCCAUGGCGCCGAUGCCAUUCUACGCCGGUGACCCCAACAGGUUCCCGACGACCUGGCAGACGGACCCCUCACAAGGUUGGCAGAAUCAGUUUAUCCAGCAGCUCCCCGCACAGACAGGCCAGACCACUCUAGAUUACCAAGGCAACCACACCGCGUACGCGACAUCUCCUCACUACCAAGCGAACACCACGUACACCGUCCAAAACGUCGCAACCACAUUCGAUGUGACGAACAACACUUACUACCAGGCCGGAGUGCAAGCGGUGCCAGCUCAGAGGCCGCCGUCGAAUAGAGGAGCCUACACUCCCGUACCUUCACCGCGCGCGCCACACUACCCCACAGAGUACCAGCAGCAGUACGCUCAACAAGCCUCCACCCCUUGUGUGACUACCGGCAACGACUCCAGACCAGCCUCGGCUGCGUCCUAUCAGAGUUCUGUAGCAUCCUCAGCGGCGCCGGUGUACACAGUCAGUCAACAGAACUACGAGCGCACCGACUACUCCACAGAGCACUCGGAGGAAUACAACAACGGUGAGAGUGGGACAGAUACGGCAAACGAAGCGGAGAGGCAAGAAACGAACGCGUCGAACGGUCAGCAUUCGGGAAACGCCGAGCCUGGGUACCUGCAGGGGAGCAACGGUCCGCGAGCUUCACUCGAUUGUAACGGGUAUCCGGGCGCCUACACGGGCGGACAGUACGAAAAUGAACAAACUCAAAACCAAAGCGACUGGCAGCAACGUCAGUGGCAGCAUAACCAAAGAAUACAAAAUCAGCAACAAAUGCAAAAUCAACAGCAGCUACAGAAUCAACAAUUACAAAACCAACAGCAAUUGCAAAAUCAACAACAAUUGCAGAACCAGCAACAAUUGCAGAAUCAACAGCAAUUGCAGAACCAACAGCAAAUACAGAAUCAACAGCAAAUUCAAAAUCAACAACAAAUUCAAAAUCAACAACAGAUACAAAAUCAACAACAGUUACAGAACCAACAACAACAUCAGAAUCAACAACAAAUAAAUCAACUACAAAGCCAACAGCAACAAAUACAAAAUCAGCAACAAAUUCAAAAUCAUCAAAAUCAUCAAUUGCAAAAUCAAAUGCAGCAACAUAGACAGGACGAAUCUGAACAACAGAUGUUUUCACAGUCCGAUAGAGUAAACCUGAACUCUCGAUUAAAGACAAUGAUAUUAAAUAAGCAAAAUCAUAUUAGAGAUGGAACAAAUACCCCGCCGGAUAAAGGCGACCCUGGAGAGGGACCCCCUAGGGUUAUGGACGAUAGAAAAAGUGGGGUCGCCGAUGAUAGAAAUACCACCGGUCAUUUUUUAUCGUAUAGCCACCAUCUCCGAGAUAAUUACCGCAUAGGCGACCAGGGUUACCCUGUCGCUGGUAAUUAUGCACAAAACACUCACGCAUAUAGCGUGGGUGAAUUCGGAGGUGGUGGCCACCAAGUAUGGGAGGGGGGGACAGAAGUCUCGAAAAAUUAUGAAAAGCACAAUUCGUCUAAAAACAUUUCUAAGAAUUCUCAAAAAUUACCAUCGUAUGCAGGUAUGAGAGGGCAAUAUGGUACGUGUAAUGUACCUUACGAAGCGCAAAAAUAUGCAGAAAUGUACGGUAGUGAUAAUUUAGGUUAUAAUCAACAAGAUAGUAAAGAUUUUCAAUCUAAGAUGCUAAUUGGACCAGUGUCAGAUAUCAAUCAACAAAACAGCGCGGCCACGCGCGAUGUUAACGCACAAAAGAGAGCUUAUGAUAGAGAAUCAUAUGAUGCUAAGUUUAGACAUCCAUCAGCCCCGUUAAUACCUAAAUUAGAAAUUCCUGAUAAUUAUCAAUAUGUCAAAGAACCUAUAAAAUCAGAACCUCAGAGAUUGAUGGGUCAACAUGCAUAUCUUAAGCCAAUCGAUGCAUCAAUGAACAUUUACAAAGAUUACCCAAAUGGACUUGUUCCUCGAACACAACACAACACACUUUUACCUCCAAUAUCUACAAUUAAAAAUGAAAAUUUCUGUCAAAAACCACAAAACUUUCAGAACUUUCAACAAACACCUUUCGAAAGAAAAACAAAUUCAAGCGACGUUUAUGUACCAAGAAUUCAGGAGGGUUUAGGUUUUCAAAAAUAUAAUAGAAAUCUUGAACCAAAAUUACCACGGGAAUUAGAACAUCGAAAUAGUUCAGAGAGAAAUACAACGAUUGAUGCAAAACCACCGUAUUACAUAGAACAGAUAAAGUCUGAACAUUCACCGCCGGGACAUAAAAUAUAUAAAAAUUUAAGUUACGGUCCGCCGAGAAAUGAACCAUAUAAAUUCGCAGGCGAAGGUGGUCCAGUUUGUAUAAGAAAUGAAAUAGGCUAUGCGUGUUGUAGACAAGGUUCUACCAAGAAACCUCCACCUGAACACCUAAGAGAUGGAGCUUGUCCGGGACUUCAAACUAAAGAUGAAGUGUUAGAAGAGGAUCCAGAUUCUACAGAAAAAAGUGAUUCUAAAACGCCUUCAAAACCGGGUACGCCAGUGCCAGAUCCAUAUGCUAAAACUCCCAAUGAAAAUAAGUUUAACUAUUCAAAGGAAUAUUUAGAAAACCUUGAAAGGUUAAGAACUAAUUCCAGAACAGAGGUGCCAGACUGCAAUUGUUUUCCCACAGAUAAAAAUCCUCCAGAACCUGGCAGUUACUAUACUCAUCUAGGAGCUGCGUCUUCUUUACCAGAAUUAAGAAAAGAUCUUGAAGCACGCACUGGUCUCUCGGGAAAAGAACUAAGAAUAGAGAAAAUCUGCUACACUGGGAAAGAGGGCAAAACUGCUCAAGGUUGCCCUAUGGCUAAGUGGGUGAUAAGGCGGUCAAAUUACACAGAGAAGGUUUUGGUGGUUGUAAAGUUCCGGAACGGUCACAAAUGCGACACAUCCUGGAUAGUGGUCUGCUUAGUGGCCUGGGAAGGCAUUCCGCAGUCAGAAGCCGACCUCGACUACACUCUGCUGUCACAUAAACUGAAUCGCUACGGACUUCCAACGACGCGACGGUGUGCCACUAAUGAAAACAGAACUUGUGCUUGUCAAGGUCUAGACCCCGAGAUAUGCGGCGCCUCGUACAGCUUCGGCUGUUCCUGGUCCAUGUACUACAACGGAUGCAAGUACGCGCGCUCGAAGACCGUGCGCAAGUUCCGGCUGUCGGUGAAGACUGAGGAGAGCGAGAUCGAGGAGCGCAUGCACGUGCUGGCCACGCUGCUGAGUCCGCUGUACACCAACCUCGCGCCCAAGUCCUUCGAGAACCAGUGCCAGUUCGAGAAAGAGGCUUCUGAUUGUAGACUGGGGUUUAAGCCCGGACGACCGUUCUCAGGUGUAACAGCGUGCAUAGACUUCUGCGCGCACUCGCACCGCGACCUGCACAACAUGAACAACGGCUGCACGGCCGUGGUGACGCUGGCCAAGCACCGCUCGCUGGCCAAGCCCAGCGACGAGCAGCUGCACGUGCUGCCGCUCUACGUCAUCGACUCCACCGACGAGUUCGGCUCCAAAGACGCUCAAGAGGACAAGAUCAAAAAUGGCGCUUUGGAAGUCUUGGACAAAUUUCCAAUGGAGGUUCGUGUGCGGUCGAUACCUUUGCAACCCUGCAGACGUCACGGCAAGAAAAGAAAAGAUGAAGAAAACUCCGACGCGAACACCACAAACACUUCCCAACAGAGCCCGGGGAACCAGAAGAAACCUCCGUCUCAGUGCUCGACGCCGGCGCCCAAGACUCCCCAACCCAAUGACGUCAGAAACAACGCCAGUCCACGGAGCCAAAGCAGUGCGUCCCCCAGAGCGACCACUCCAGCCAUGAAUCAGCCCACGCCACCCUUUACUAACAAUCCACAUUACAACUCUGCCUUCGUUAAUCCAAAUAUGCAUAAUCCGAAUUCAGGCCUCAUGAAUCCCAACUUAGGCAACCCAGCUCUACUCGACAUGGCGAGUAUGAUAGACAACUUUACCGAUGCUCAGUUGCAGAGCAACCAAAUCUCUAGUACUGUUCUAGAUUCACCCUACAACCCGUACGAUCAAAGCUACCAUUUACAUAGCCAAAACCCAGUAUACAAUCCUAAUCAAGUAACUGCCUUGGCGGAUAUCAGUCACCAAAAUUCGAACCCAAAUCAGUUACCAAGUUUCAACCCAAUCUUACAAAAAAGGGACCAGCAAUUCAGCGCACAAAACCCUGGACAAGUCGACGCGGCUCAGCAAAAUUGGCCCGAGUUUGACAAUUCUGAAAUAUUUAACAAUGUAGUCAAAGAAGACCCUGACUCUACCACGGCACAUUUGAACGUGUCUCAUAACAACUACAGUCCAGAUUCAAAUCGUAGCGAUUCUAACUCCGAUCAAAUAAACAAAUGUAAUACAGAUACUGAAAAACAAAAUGCUGUCGGAAUCACACAAAAACUGCCUGAGUUCGAUAUGCCGAACUCUCCGAGGUUAUCGGAAAUUUCACAAAAAACUCAACAUACUCCUGAAUCUCCAGCUGCUUCGCCUCAAGACCUGAAGUCGCCGACCACUGAUAGCAACACUGAUCUUCGGAAAAGUGUAUGGAAGUCGCCAGAUUCGAAAAAUUGGGACUGUACAAAACCUAGGGAUCAAAUGACAGAAAAUGAAAAUGCUCUUUUCCGGGUACCCAAAGCUAGACCUCCUUCGCGUUCGCAAUACGUUAACAAUCCUCCUGAAAGUAUUGAAAACUCUACUUUUCUCAAACCGUACCCACCUUCCGAGAGACCACAACUCAACCAUGGCUACGAAAAUAGAAGUCCAUACGACAACAGAAUGAAUAAUGCGGUACCACCAACUUCAGCGCUUCAAACAAAUUAUACCAUUAGUCACGAGGACAGUCAAAAUACUGCAGUCCAUCCUAUCAACCAGAACAGUUACGCCAACCAGACGCCGGUCCAGGGCUACGGCAACUACCCGCCUAUGACUAACUCAUACGCCUUCUCGCCGAAUCCAUACGGUCAUUUCAAUCCUUAUGAGAAUUCCUACAACGACUACAAUAGUCUAGCAUAUUACAAUGCUGAAAAAUAUAAAAGAGAGGAGUUAAUUCGUAACUCUCAUUGUUAUAAUUCGUACGGAUACCAGUACAAUCCAAACUUUGCAGCCAACUUCUAUCAAAAUUCAAGCCCAAACUGGUGCCAAUCUUCUCCUAACUGGUGUUUAUACCCACCGCCUUUCUCAAUUCCAUAUCCACCAGAACCUCCUAAAGCGGAGCCCAUAGGAGAAGUAACAGGGAUAAGCGACAAUUUAGAAUGCUUUAAAGACAGUCAAAUGGGCGGUGUGGCGAUUGCGUUAGGUCACGGAAGCGUGUUAUUCGAAUGUGCCAAGCAUGAAAUGCAUUCCACGACGGCAGUGAAGACACCCAACAGAGUGAACCCGACUCGAAUAUCUCUAGUCUUCUAUCAGCACAGAAACUUAAACCGUCCCAAGCACGGUCUCGAAGAGUGGGAGGAAAAAAUGAGGUUAAAGAAGUUAGGAUUAAAUCCUUCAACGCCGAGCACACCCGGACCGAAUUCCAAUAACGUGUCACCUGCGACUACCCCUGGGCCUGAACACAGACAGACUCCUGGACCAGAAAAGUGGAAGAAUAACGAAAACAGUAUACCAGGUGGAUACAGUACUCUGUCGGCUCUCGUGGAAGCGACCAACAACGCCAAGAAGAGCAGACAGAUAAUGCUGCGGACGGACACGCAGACCACGAUGUCGUGGACGACGCUGUUCCCCAUGCACCCGUGCACGGUGACGGGCCCCUACCAGGAGUCGGGCACCUGACGCAAGCCGAGCCCUGCGGGGCGCGGCCGCGGCGUUGUGCCGAGAAACGUAGUGUCCCUUCCGUAGACGAGUGAGCCUUCCGUCGUAGACGUAAUCGGUCUUCUAGACGACGUGCUUUCCAAAUUAUUUUGUAGUUCCUGGAUUUAUAGUUAAGCUCUCAAAUCUCGACGACUGGUCCAAUGAAUGUUCCCGUGAUAUUCCUUUUUUGCAUUUACAUUGGAAUUGACUACCAUUUUAACGUGUAUUUUUCAAUGUGAACCGAGUGAGUUUUUAAUCAAAGAUGUAAUUUAAGUUUAUAUUUUUAAUAGUGUUUAUCGCAUUUCAGCUAGUCUUACGUUACUACAUUAGUAUCGAUCGUAUCUUAGGCCGUAACCGUAGAGUUAUUUGUAUAUUGUCGUAUUUAGUUUUACCGGCGACUCGAACAUUUUUUAAUAAGUUUAUAUUUUUACACGGUCUGUGUAAAAUAGUGACAUUAGCGUACGACUUGUCUGCAUAUUUUGACAAUUUUCUAAUUAAGCGCAUAAGCAACGAUUUGUGCGAUGCAAUGAUCUCAUAAAAUACUAACUCUACAAUUAAAAGAUUAUUCAGAGCGAAAGUACAAAACACCGCUAGCGGAGGCUAAUGGCGGGCGAUCGUGUUUUAUUGAUAUUUUUGUACCUUUGUCUGCGUAUUCGUUAUUUUAUAUUUUAAUUAUCAUUCCUCUACCUGUCCGGUUGUUUGUUUGCAUUUUAUUUGUACGAGUAAACUCCCAAGAUCAUGCGGUGCGUCUCAGUACGCGAUACGUAUUAUCACAAACAUAACGAGUGCUUUUAUAUUAGAUUAAGAGGUGUGUAUUUUUAACUUUUAGACUAUUUAACUUAUUUAUAUUGUAUUACGUGAAUCAUUUUCUUUAUAAUAAUUUACUUAGUGUUAUGAUAGGUAUUAACAUUUAAUAUAUUUGCUUUACGAUUUGACAUUAAAUUAUUAGCAGUUGUUUUUGCACGUGUCUCAAGAGCCUUCAUCGCCGUAGUCGCGAGUGCCUGAGUGGGGAAAGUCAAAUAUUACCUAAAUUGUUGUCUUAAAUCUCAUUUUUGACAUAUUGAAUGUGACCUUAAUUAAGAAUCGAUUGCAUCUAAUAAUGUUCUGCUAAUUUAGCGAUUGUGAAAAUUUUAUAUAAUUACGUUCAUACUUUAAAAUAAAAAAGAGUAAAUAAAUUACAUACGUUUAUAAGAUAGUGUUUGCGGAAACUUCAGGCGCUUGGAAAGAUUAUAAAGUAGGCAUAUUAUUGAAAAUGAAGGAUGACAUACUGACGAAUAGUUAUUAAUAUAUAAUUAGGUUAAGGAGAAGUUUGUUUUAAAGAUUAAACUAUUGAUAUAGUUUAUAUUUUUUACGUGUACGUAUUUAUUGAAUGGUAAAUUUAUUGGAACGUGAAAUUAUUUAUAGGUAUAAAGUUUUGAGAACAAAACUUAUAAAAACUAAGCAAUAAUAGACGACGGGGUCUAUGUACAUUGUAAUGUAGGGCGUGGUGAAUAUUUAAUUAAAAAAAAAAACGAAUGGUGCGAAUUUCGGUCAGUGUUAUGACUUGGGAAUGCUUGACCUUUAGAAGUUGCCUAAAAUGUUCGACUUAACAUUGGUAAAUGCCUGUGUCUUGCCAUUUAGUUUAACGUCUAUAUAACGUAGAGCGUCAUGUCAAGACAUAUCAGAAGCGAUCCCAGCUACGUACGUUCACUUGAUGUAAACCUACAUAGGUGUGUGAUAUUUAAGGAUUUACGUAGACAACUCUCGUUUUGUAAACUCUAAAGUUCGUUGCAUACACAUAAGGUCUUUGAGUGCGUCAAAUUUUCUUUUUUAACAAUUUCAAGCAUCGGAAAUUUAGACUUUAUUACAGCCAAGCUAUAAUGAGUUACUUGAAUUGAAAAUUAGGAAUCCCUCCAGUUCACUCAUUUGAAUUAAACUAAAGCAUUCCUAUAUUCUUAUACUGUUUGAUUAAAAUCAAUUAUUAUUAUCAUAGAGAUAUUUUUCGGUACCUAGAUUUUAUUUUACUAUGUCUUAAAAUCGACCAAAAUUGGCUGUAUAAAGCAGACUCAUGUCAAUGAACUAGUGUUUAAAAUACUUUUGAUAUUAUUAUUUCAUUGUACUCUGGGCUCUUGAUAUUUGUAUUAAAGGUCGGUUUCAUUGAUCCAGUAUUUCUUUCCGAUGGGAUCAAUUUCAAUUCAAAUAUAUUAUCCCUUCCUUGUACUGUUGAGGUGGGAUCGCUGUUAAUAUAAUUCAUCAUCAUCAAAAAAUAACAAAACAAAAAAUAGCAACUUGGAUCCAUGUUUAUGGCUGAUCCACCGUUACCUACUGGAUCAAUGAAAGACAUCUAGUAACUCAUUAGUAAUCAGGAUGUCAAAAAUGCAUAUUGAUUCUAGUGUGCAAUAGCAAAUCAAGGUCCUACGUGAAUUUAAAAAUUAAAAAUUUGUUUGUGGUGUGAAUGCACUUGUUGAAAGAUUGUUUAACUGUCGUAGAUAUUAACAUUAAGGCCACGUUUCUAUUGAAGGGGAAACGAAUGGAGGAAAUCGCGAAAAACAGAGGUUUUUAUUACAAAUUAUAUUAAAAUUCGUUUAUUUCAAGUUGACAUAGUUUACAAGCUUUUUUGUAACUGACACUAAAAACAAACUGCUUUAAUUUUAUUAGACGUAGUGAAUCUGAGAUUUUAAAAAAUAUAACCAAAUUGGUCAAUUAAUGCUGGUCUUCAUCAUAAGAGCCUUCAAUUACAAUGGACAUAAAAGUAUUAUGAUACUUUUUCGCUAUGCUAAUGUUAAAUUUUUACGAAGCAUGGAAUCUUUGCUGCAUUUGUAAUUACUACACUCGUCAAUUUCAAAAUUACAAUGCUUCUAUCAAACUCUGAUUGGUCAAUUCUGUUUCCACCAUUCGUCUUCACUUGUAGGAACGGCACCUUGAUAAAAUCGUUUAUCUAAGAUCAUUUAGGCCACACUAGAAACCUGUGAUAUACCAUUAAUUCACGAGUGCUUGACUGCUUGUAUGUGUCUUGUCUUAUCUUCAAACGUGUUGUGAAUCGGUGACACUGCGUUUAUUUCGAAGCUGCGUUUUGGGGUGUAAGAAUAAUUCGGACGGGACUGCUGCUCCAUUAUUGAUUUUUAACAAUUUAUAUGUUUUUUAAAAAUUUAUAUUUAUUGAAAUUGUAAUUUUACCCGCAAAUCGUGCGCACUUAUCUAUGAAUUGAUUUGUUUUUUAAUGAUGUACAAAAUUAAUGAAAUUGAAAUAAAUUUAUAUUAAAAAUCAAUAAAUUUUACAUUCUAUGCAUGUAAUCUAGUUAUAUUCGUGAAACUUUACUUUGCUUGCUGUAUUAAAAGAAAAUAUUUUACGAUUGACAUUGCUUGAUAUCUAGAUAUUUGCGACAGUCUUGUCUGAACUUCUUUGCUCUCAAAAACGUACCUUAACUUUCAAAAAGACAGCUCUUAAGUUUUUGUAGAAUAGAAUGAAAUGUCUUCGAUGAUAAAGAAAAAAAUAGCCACAAACCAAAAACGACCAGUAUUUUUAAAUAUUGUAACCAAAAAACUCUUCAUUUAAGAUUUAAUUACUAAAAGAAUGUAAAUACAGUUACCGUUGCGUUAGUUGAAAAUCUAUAGAUUUUAAAUUUUUUGGGUCAAUUAAAAUGGGAUUUUUUUUCCAUAGAAUAAUUAAAUGGCGACAAAAUUGUUGUGCCUAUUUUAAAUUCAGCCAUUCCAAAAUAUGUUUUAAUACAAAAAGUCAGGGUAUGGUUGUCUUGAAAGUAGCCAUAUCUUUUUUACGUCAAUCGUCACUUUCUCCACACAACAAAAAGAAUUCUUUGAUCCUUUCUCCUCCCACAAACUAUCUAAUCAUCAAACUAUCUCCCAAAAAUCUUGAUAUUAUGUUGGCCUACCUUUGAAAAUCUUCUUGAGCAAAAGAUUAUUGAUUUGUACUUUAUUAAUUUAUUUUUUCCUUUUGGUCUUGUUCUAGUAUAUUUUCAACUUUCGUGGCGCGUUCUGUAACGUGGGUUUUACCAAUGUGGAUGUUUUUUUUUAAAUGUAUCCAAAAUGCGAGAGUCCCUCCGGACCGGUGUAUUUGUGUAAUAAUAUUUUGUCUUCUGCCAAAACAAAAGAAUGUGUCAUGUAAAUAGAACUACCAUUAUUUAUUAAUAUAAUAAUUUAAAAAAGA